AACAUGUAGCAAAGCUUGAGAGUCAGAAAACUGAGAUCGACCAGCUGAAGCACGAACUACAAGUCAAACAGGUGGCUUUCUCAGUCAGUCUGCUGGAUGAAGGUUAUGGAUACACUGGACCCUAUAACACACAUAUGACUCUGAUCUUCAAACGUGUUGUCACAAACAUUGGAAAUACCUACAACCCACACACAGGUAUUUUCACUGCACCAGUGAGAGGAGUCUACCACUUUUACUGGACAGUAUAUGGAAAUGAAAAUAUUCCUGCAGGUGCCUAUUUGUUCAGGAAUGGAGAGUACAUUUUUAUUGCAUUUGAACAGCUAACAUCUGGGUGGGCGAGCGCCUGUAAUGGAGCCUCACUGCUCCUAGAGGUUGGAGAUCAGGUGUCUGUACGUAUUGAUCCUGGUGCAAGGCUAUAUGACAAUCAAAACCAUCAUACCACCUUCAGUGGUCAUCUGAUAUUCACCAUGUGA